AUGUCGUCGCUUAUGGACUUAGACUCGGACGGAGAAGUGCAAGAGGAAGCUCUAGAAGAAGGAGAAGUGGUGGAAGAUGGUGAGAUCGACGAGGAGCAGCCUCUCGGAAUUGACAAGCAGAAUCAGGAAGAAGUUUUGCAGUCGCCGCAGGAGCUGGCUGCAGCGAAAGCAGAGGUCGACUCUGCAAGUGCAGAGACGGAAGAUGAAGACGGCGAAGUGUCGGAGAAGGAGCAAGCACCGGACGAAAGGGAAGCAGAACAAGAUGAGGGUGAUGGUAAAAUCAAAGACGAGCAAACAGUGGACAAGGACCUCGUCCACGACACAGAGUCAGAAGAGGACGCGGAGCCUGCGGUGGAGAAUGCAGACGUGGUCGAGCCGAAAGAGGCAGAGAGCAGGGAAGCUUUUCUUGGGCAUUGA